AUGGGCGCCAUUUGCUCCCCUGACAGCUUUUUGGUUACGUGGACCCCGGGUUCUUUGAUUGGCAAGACUGAGCAGGUGGAUAUGCAGUUCACACGUGCUCACGGGGUGGCGCGUUUACUUGUCAGUGUUGCUAACAUUGAGUUCCUGUCGGACGUGGUGCCUUGGACGCAUGAAGGCGUUCUGUAUCAGUUGGAUGUUGAGUAUGAGGAUCCUAACCUUUUCCGUGAGUUUGAGGAUGAUAAUCCUAUGGACACCUCCGAGGGAGGAGGUGCUUCGGGGAACCAAGAUGAUAGUGCUAAGAGUAAUGAUGAUAAGGCCAAGGGGCCUUUGGGUCCGUCUGAUUCUGGUGACACUGCUCCUGAUAGGUCAACUGGCACGGUCCCGAUGAGUACUUUGCAGCUUGGUUCCUUGGGGGCUUUCUCGGCUCCGCCUAGGCUUUGGUGUGACCGAGUUGAUCCAGUGAGCCCCGUGGUAAGUCCGUGUGUGUCGAAGCCUAUUGAGGUGGGAGGUGACGAGGGGCAGGAGGCCCCUCCCUCUUCUCCUACUCCUUCUCCGGUUAUGGAGGAGGUGGCUGCGACGGUAGUCUCGGCUGGAGGUGGCGGGCAGGUGGCCCGGCGAUCCGUGUCGCCAUCAUCGUCGGUGCCGAGGGCGAGCUCGGGGGUUUCACUCCCUCCCAUGAGGUCGGCUGUGUGCGGAGGGGUGUGCGUGCAGGAGGCCACCGCACCCCUUCCUGCCAGGCCGCUUCCUGCCACGGAGGGCGGGUCGGGUGGCGUGGCCGUUAUGACGCCCCACUCCCCGGAUCGCUCCCCUAGGCUGGCCUCGCCGCUCUCGGGUCCGUCGGCUGCUCCGGCUAUCGGCGGGACUCCCGUGGACAGGCCGCGGGAGAUGUCGUCGUCUUUUGGUGCUGCGCCGGAGGUCCCAGCACGGGUCACCGCUGUUGGGGGACGGGCAGGAGGCCCUUCCCCUAGCAGAGCUUCACGCGAGGAGGUCAUUGCCUUUGGUGGGAUUACGGAUCCUAUCUCUGAGGGGAGGCGGAUCAGCGGGAGGCUACAGGAGCAGCCGGACGUUGAUGACAUGCAGCUGAGGUGUGCUAUGAGGGCGGCCAAGCUGCGUGACGUCGAGAUGUCCACCGGUAUGUCUGUUAAUAAAUCAAAUUCAAUUUUGCAUUUUACCAAUGAUGAGAUUGUUCAUGAUGCAAAUCAACUAGGAGUUUCGCUUGGUAGUAAUGAUAUGGAGAUCUCUAGGUCAGUUAAUGACAUUCUUGAUUUAGAAGCAGAGAGGGCGUUGGAAAUUAUUCGUAACAUAGCUGCCGUUAAACCUAUGAAUGAGUCGGACAUUGAUGCGCUUGGGGUCAGGGUUCUUGAUGGUUUGUGUGCCGAUCUUGACCUUGCGUUACCGGGAACGGAGGAGGAGGAGGGUUUUGCUUUUCCUGAGACCUCUAACCAUGUAGAUGAGUCGUUGGUGAUUGCGGCUGAGCCCGAGUGUGGUGACCGAACUAAAGAUCGCAUUAAGCCUAAACGAACUUGGAAACGGAAGGUUUAUCCUGUGUCGGCUGUGCGUAGAAGUGCUAGGAUCCGUACCUCUAAAAAAAUUCAUGAUGAAAUAUGA